AUGUUGGUUGAAGAUGCCCUUAUAAGAAAGAGGUGGCAGUUCUAUUUUCAUAAACUCUUGAAUGACGAGGGGGAUAAAGGUUUCGUGUUGGGGGAUUUGGAGAAUGCUGAGGAGUGUUGCGAUUAUGGUAAUUGGAGGCAUAUUGAGGUUGAGGAGGUCAAGGGGGCUAUUCGCAGGAUGCGUCGGGGUAGGGCGACAGGGCCAGACAAAAUUCUAGUGGAUUUUUGGAGGAGCACUGGCGGGGCAGGUCGCUUGACUACUGAGGCCAUUUACCUUAUGAGAAGAUUAGUGGAGCAAUUUUGGGAGAGGAAAAAGAACUUGCAUAUGGUGUUUAUUAAUCUCGAGAAGGCAUAUGAUAGAGUGCCCAAGGAGAUUCUAUGGAGGUGCUUGAAGGAUGGAAGGGUGCUUGUGGCUUAUGUUAGGUCAAUUCAGGACAUGUAUGAUGGCACGAAGACUAGUGUAAGGACGUAG